AUGGGCCACAAAACCAACUCAACCUACGCAACAGACUUCGACGUCGCGCGAAAUUACCACAUCUGCUCCCUUUUCCGAACAGGCAUGAAAUCCUGGGGCGAUCUAUCAUUCAUCAAUCCCCAAACCCGCGACACUGGCACCAGCACCAGCACGGAUUUCAGUACGGGAUUAUUUUAUCCCGCACUCGCAGGCGUGAAUUUCACAUUUCACAAAGCCAUUCGGCCCCGACAAAAGUACGAAAUAUGUACCCGUGUGCUAUCUUGGGAUGAGAAGUGGCUACAUCUGAUUUCACACUUCGUAGAGAGGGGCACUUGCAAGGCUGUACACUUCAGUGAUCAAAAUGGCCAACCUGAUCCGGAAAGGGAUACUGGUAUUGCGGAUUCACGGGAUCAUGGUCAGCUUGAAGAGGGAAGUCCCCGCGCUGUUAUAUUUGCUACUGCGAUGGCGAAGAUUGUUUUCAAAAAGGGGAGGAAAACGAUUUCUCCAUCUCGGUUCUUGGGUGAUUGUGGUCUUCUUCCUCAGCAGGACGGUGAUUGGAAGGUUCCAGUUCAGGAAUCGGUUAAUCAGCCUCGUGACGAGAAUGAAAAGGAUCAUGAGAAUAUGGCCAACUUGAAGAUUGGCGAGACUAUUGAAAGGAUGAGAGCUGAUGGAUAUCGUCUAUCUGAGCAUUUGAACAGCCUCGAAGACGGAUAUUCUUUUUACAAUGUGAAUGAGAGUGUAUACUUUUCCAAGUGUUGA